UUUUUUGUUCUUUUCUUUUUUUUUUUUUUUCUCUUCGACACAAUGUCGACUUCUUCUUCAAUGACGGCAGCUGCAAAGCCAGCAGCGAAACGCAACGUGCAGCGACGACGCAGGCAGCAUGCAGACGACGCCAAUGCUACUGCUGCUGGUACUACUGGUACUGGAGCGCAGCAGACCUCAAGCAAGAACAACAAGAAGAGGACGCUGGCAAACGAUGACGAAGACGAAGACGAAGACGACGACAACGACGACGAAGAGGACGAGAACGACGAGGAGGAAGAGCCAAAGCAACAAGGACAAGAGCAGGACAGCGUUGGCGACUGGGCAAACAGCCGCGAUGACAAUGACAACGAAGAUGAUGGCGCAGCAUCGGACAGCAAGGACAAGAGCGGAAGUGAGCAUGGGGUGGACGACGGGGCGGCCCGGCAGUCCUCGCGUGCAGAUCGCCUCGCCAAAAUGGAUUCGACUUGGGCGCACGACAUGUUUGAUCGACAGGGCACGAGCGGUGGCAGUGGUGCACGGUCAUCCGCAGGAGCAGGAGCAGGAGCAGGAGCAGGAGCGAACGGUCGACGAAGCAACAGAGGCGAGCCGCGUCCACCCCGCGCUGCCGCAGCACCAGCAUCAACGACUGAAGCAUCAACUACUGAAGCAACGCCAUCAGCCAGGUCCAACGGAAACCGUCAGCGCGCGUCAAAGCCUCGCCAACCAUCGGAGGGCCGACGACAACAGCCAGCAUCAACCGCUACUCCCAGCCCUUCACCAGCAGCGGCGUCCAACAACAGCAACAACAAGGACGCAAAUGAGUCGCCCGCGUCAAACCCUACCCCUACUACGCCCUCGACAGAUGCGGGAGAGGUCGUGGUAGAAGCGCGCUUGCGUGCGCCCUUGCAAAAGCCCGUGCGUGAAGGUCGACAGGCAUACCAACCACCUUCGCGCCGCGGCUUGACCCCAGAAGAGCUGCAGGCGCGUCACGCCCAACAGACUGCGGCGGGCGCCAUCCCUACUGCAGCAUCGUCAGAAGUGACCGAGCCCUCGAAAGCGGAUGCAGCUGGUGCUGGUGCUGGUGGGGAAACGCAAUCCAAGUCGCAACCGCGCUCCAAAUCAGACAAGCCUCGCGGCAACCGUCAAGUACCAGCUCCCUCAUCAGUUGCCGCCUCUGCAGCUCCCUCGACGAAUGCUGCUGCCACCACCACCGCCACCGCAAAGCCUCGACAACAGCCGCACAAGCAACAGCAGGCUGCUUCUUCAACGGCGGCCGCCAAGCGAGGAGACCAAUCUUCGUCAAACGCUCGUGGCAAAGCUUCGUCAAAGGUGUUGACCCCGACUGCUGCUCCAUUCGUCCCGUCUACCGUCAUCUCGCACCAGCACGAUACAUACUCCUCCCCUAGCUCGACCGCUGCUCUGCCUUCCAGCAAGGACGCUCCGGCCAGCGAUGUUCGCUCAGUCCCUGCACCGCGUGCCAAGGCGACGCCAACUGUGCCCCAGGGUCAGCAACAUACAGCACCUUUCGCUCAGCCUCCACAAGGACAGUCGCCGCAGCAGCAAGCGCAGCAUCAGCAAACACAGCAACAUCCCCAGCUGCUACCACAAAUGCUGCCUUCGCCCCAGCUGCUUCCCAACGGCCAGCUGCCCAUUCCCCAGCUCCAGUCACUUCUGCCCAUGACGCCGGAAGACAUCCAGCGUCAGUUUGAACGGAUUGCGCUUGGCGGCGCUGGUGCAGCCCCCGGUCGUGGCGGCCCUUCGCAGUCGUUCGUCCCCGAACCAUUCUACCCGUUCGUCCCGCCAUUCUCGCACUAUCCAGUCAUGUACCAGCCAAUGAUCGACCAGUAUGGCCAGGUGAUGGGCGCUCCCCCGAACGCCAUCCCGACCUCGCCGCAGAUUGCGGGCGGCUCGCCAGUUCGCCAUCGCGGUGGUGUUGGCUCGCCCGUGCAUCAACAAGCGCCAUUCCUUGGCGGAGGCGCAGGUCCUGUCGGAAGUGGAUUUGAUGCCAACCCCGGCUCGUACGUCUACUACCCAGACCCGUAUUACCAAAUGAUGAUGGACCACCAGCAGCCCCGAGCGCAGUCGCCCCAACAUCGUUUCGUUCCGCCGCCCAUGGCUGCCGCGCGCGGAUCUGCAGCCCUCAAAAUUCAACCACCCACCGAGCAACACCUAGCUCGCAGUCGCUCACAGCCCUCUUCACAGCCGCCAACGUCACAAUAACGCACUGAAACAUCGGAGGAUUGCUUUUUUUUUUUUUUGGUUGUUUCGUUUCCUCUUCUCCCUCGCUACCAGUAUGACGUGUUCCUGAGCUGUUUCGGUUUCAUUCGUUCAGUUGGCAUCCGUGUGGCAUCCGUGUGAAGAAGCGUGAAUGUUGCGGAUUGUGUUUUGUGAAAAAGCCAUCGCUGUUGUGGGUCAACUCAGAGUGUUUAAAAAAUCGUUUAUCGUGGCCA